CCUCCUCCUCCUCCCUUCCUCCUCCUCUUUCUCCCCUCUUCCUCCUCCUCCUCCCGCCCUGCAGAACAGAGCCGAUGUGAGGCGGCGGCCGCCCCAAACCAACCCCGAGUGCCCCCCGACCCCCCAGCCCGCACCGGGCGCGGCGUCCCGGCACCCACAGCCCCCCGAGCCCCGCGGGUCUGUGCCUCAGUUUCCCCACUGCGGUGACAGCAGUGCCGGGGAGGAAACCAGCGCAGCUCUGCAGGGAGGAAGCGGCAUAGGCUUUAGCACCGCCAUGGAGUUCUCCGAGCUGAUCAAAACGGCGACGGUGGAGAGCGUGCUGCUGUCGUGCGCGGGGCAGCCGGCGGUGAAAGGCACCCUGUGCAUCACCAGCCACCACCUGCUGCUCUCCUCCUGCCCCGGCGGCGAAGGGCAGCCCAGCGCCGUGGAGCUCUGGCUGCUCAUCCGCAACGUGGACGCCGUGGAGAAGAGGUCGGUCCUUUCCCACCGCCCUGUGCCCCCUCUUCGUCCCGUCCUCGGUGGGGGUGAUUCCCCGCCGCCCUCCCGGCGCCGCAGAGCCUCCUCCCUCCUCUUCCCCGUGCUCGUGGCAGUGGGCAUUGACCUCCUCUUCUCCUCCGUGCCCCAGAGUGCAGAAUGUAGGCUGGUAUCAGCCACCCCGCAGCAGCGGCUCCCCGCGGGACAACAGGCUGGCCGGCUCCUCCGGCACCAUCACACUGCGCUGCAAGGACCUGAAGGUGCUGCAGCUGGAGAUCCCGGGCAUGGAGGAGUGCCUGAACAUUGCCAGCUCCAUCGAGGUGAGCCGUGCCGGGAUGCAAAGGGUUGGCAGGAGCAGGUGGCUGCCACGGUGUUUGCUCUGGGUCUGCCAUUAACGUGGGUAAACACUCAGCCGCUGGGCUGUGUUUGCAUGGGGCACCCGAGCCGCCAAACCUCGUGGGAGGAAGCAAGGAUGGGGUUUGCAGAGAGGACAUUCCCAGCCUUCCCCCAGCUCUGCUCUGCUGUGCUGCAGGCCCUCUCCUCGGUGGACUCCGUGAUGAUGAUGUAUCCCUUCUUCCACCGGCCUCAGAGCCUGCGGCUGGAGGAGGGGUGGCCGCGGCUCCCCGUGGAGCAGCACUUCCAGCAAAUCGCCACGCAGACCACCCAGUGGCGGCUGAGUGACGUGAACCAGGACUUCGCCGUCUGCCCCACGUACCCUCCGGCCGUCAUCGUGCCGGCGGCGGUGAGUGAGGAGACCCUGCGGAGGGCAGCCCGGUUCCGGCAGGGCGGGCGCUUCCCCGUCCUCAGCUACUAUCACACCAGGAACGGCACCGUGAUGCUCCGCAGCGGGCAGCCGCUGACCGGCCCCAACCGCAAGCGCUGCCCCGAGGAUGAGAUGCUGCUGGGGUCGGUGCUGGACGAGGGCGAGCGGGGCUUCAUCAUCGACACGCGCUCAGCCCAGACGGCCAAACAGGCACGGAUGACGGGAGGUGGCACGGAGCCCAAAUCCUCGUACCCGCAGUGGAAGAGGCUGCAUCGGCCGCUGGAGCGUGGCCGCCCGCUGCAGGAGAGCUUCAUCAAGCUGGUGGAGGCCUGCAACGACGCUUCGCUGGGCAUGGACCGCUGGCUGGGCCGGCUGGAGAGCUGCCGCUGGCUGAGCCACGUUAAGGCGGCCCUCAGCACGGCCUGUUUGGCUGCGCAGUGCCUGGACAGGGAGGAGAGCUGCGUGCUGGUGCACGGAGCAGAGGGCACAGACACCACGCUGCUGGUGACGGCGCUGGCGCAGGUGAUCCUGGACCCAGGCUGCCGCACGCUGAAGGGCUUCCAGGAGCUGCUGGAGAGGGAGUGGAUCCAGGCUGGCCAUCCCUUCCACCUGCGCUGUGCCCGCUCUGCCUACUCACACGCGCGGCUGAAGCAGGAGGCGCCGCUCUUCCUCCUCUUCCUCGACUGCGUGUGGCAGCUGAGCCGGCAGUUCCCCUUCUCGCUGGAGUUCAGCGAGGGGCUGCUCCUCACCCUCUUUGACAACGCCUACGCCUCCGACUACGGCACUUUCCUCUGCAACAAUGAGAAGGAGAGGUGUCUGUGCAAAGUGAAGGAGAGCACGCACUCCCUCUGGGCCUGGCUGGACCAGCCUGAGGAGAGGAAGAAGUACCUGAACCCCCUCUACUCGCCCAACCUGCUGGUCAUCUGGCCCUCAGUGGAGCCCCAGAGCAUCCAGCUGUGGCAGGGCUUGUUCUUUCGCUGGAUCCGCUCAUCCCAGUACCUGGAUGAGGCGUGGGCAGAGAUAUGGCGGUUGGUGGAGGGCAGCAACACAGCUGUCAAGGAGAGCACAGAGAACAGACUGAGCCACUCACUUUCCGACCCCGCUGCCCGGAUGGAGAAUGAAAGAUGAGCAGCAGCACGAGCACCACGUCCUGGGGAUCAUCCCCCAUCGCCAGGGCUGAUGCACCAAGGCAGUGCUGCAGCUCUCUGCAGGAAGCGCUGUGCGGGACACGCGCCCUGCAGAGCCCAGAGGAGCCUGCACAGAGCAGAACUGUACGGACAUCCCUGGGAGAGGGGGACAGACUCAAGCGAGCUUCCUGUCAGCCACACAGCCUGAGCACAUCACAGUAAAGUGGUCUCUCUCUCUCAGUUUGCUCCUGCUUUCCAUGUGUGUUCUCUGGCCAGAGCUGGGCUGUUCCUGCUCUGCUCUCCAGUGGGAUUUCAGCAGCUCUCAUACCUAGACCUGGCAGCAGGAUGCCCGUGUGCCCAGCAGCUCUUGUUGCGAUGUAUCUGGCCCAUGGGCCCUGCCCUGUGCCCAAGGUGUGGUUGGCACAGCAAAAUCUAAGCAGCAGAACACACUAAGUUUGCACCAGCCUCUCCAUAAAGGGCAUGCUGGCUGCCGGUUGUGUUACAUCAGUCGCUCCAAGCUGGAAGCCAGCCUGGGAGAUCUGCCCUUGAACCCAGUUUCAAGGAAGGAAGGACAGAAACCAUCACUCCAGCCAGCAAGACAGAGGGACAGGGUCUGGAAGGAUGAGGAUUUGCAACACAACCCUCCUAGUGCAGGAAAUAACUGUUCCAUGAGGAAAGUUGGCUCAGGGUCAGUCCAGCAAAUAAACAAAGCACUUGAACUGA